CUUGGGGGUUAUUACCAAUUCUCAUAGCCUAACAGCAUGAAGACACUAGGAACUAGCAGCUUUGGAUUAGAACAGAUGCAACGUGGUUUGUCGUUCAGGAUCGCCGGUGCUGUGUAGAAAACAUCUUAAAAGGGCCGCAGUUCCGUAUCAUUGUCGUGGAAUCAUUCCUAUCAGGUCUUGCCAAAAUCUCUCUUCUUGGCCCAUAGUUUCAAAAUGGCUCUCUCUGGUCCCUUCCCGCUAGCUACGGCUGCCCUUAUUGCAUUUAUUGCCCAAAUUGUUGCCGGUCAGCAACCUGGAACCAGCACUCCCGAGGUCCAUCCCAAGUUAACGACCUACAAGUGCACAAAAUCUGGAGGAUGUGUGGCUCAGGACACCUCUGUCGUCCUUGACUGGAACUACCGCUGGAUGCACGACAAGAACUUCAACUCGUGCACCGUCAAUGGCGGAGUAAAUACCACUCUUUGCCCUGAUGAAGCGACUUGUGGUGCCAACUGCUUCAUCGAGGGCGUCGACUACGCUGCCUCUGGUGUCACGGUCUCGGGUAGCUCUCUCACCAUGAACCAGUACAUGCCCAGCAGUUCUGGCGGAUAUAGCAGCGUAUCUCCACGACUCUAUCUUUUGGGAUCUGAUGGAGACUAUGAGCUGCUUCAGUUGAACGGCCAAGAGCUGAGCUUCGAUGUCGACCUCUCAACUCUGCCCUGUGGAGAGAACGGCGCCCUUUACCUCUCCGAAAUGGCCGCAAAUGGUGGUGCCAACCAGUACAACACAGCUGGCGCCAACUAUGGAAGCGGUUAUUGCGAUGCCCAGUGCCCCGUCCAGACCUGGAAGAAUGGUACCCUCAACACUAACCAUUCAGGCUACUGCUGCAACGAGAUGGAUAUCCUUGAAGCCAACUCAAGAGCCAAUGCAUUCACUCCUCACUCUUGCACGGCCACUGCUUGCGAUGCCAGCGGUUGCGGCUUCAACCCCUACGCAAACGGAUUCCAACGCUACUGGGGCCCUGGGUUCACACUUGAUACCUCCAAGGUCUUCACCAUCAUUACACAGUUCAACACAGACAAUGGUUUGCCUUCCGGUAACCUUGUGAGCAUUACACGCAAGUAUAGACAGAAUGGCGUUGACGUCCCGAGUGCUCAAUCUGGAGGUGACACUAUUUCAUCUUGCCCGUCUGCUUCAGCCUACGGUGGUCUCACAACCAUGGGCAAGGCUCUGGCAAACGGCAUGGUAUUGGUAUUCAGCAUCUGGAACGAUAACGGCGGAAACAUGAACUGGCUGGAUAGCGGCAAUGCCGGUCCCUGCAGCAGCACAGAGGGCAACCCGUCCACCAUUGUUGCCAACAACCCGGGCACUCAUGUCAUCUUCUCCAACAUCCGAUGGGGAGAUAUUGGUUCAACCACUGGCUCAACCGGCGGUAACCCUCCUCCCAGCACAUCUAGAACCUCCACCACGCCUCCUCCCAGCACGACCCUGAGAACUUCCACUUCAAGCAGGACGACUACCUCGAGUGCUGCAGGCUGCACUCAAACCCACUGGGGCCAGUGUGGCGGUAACGGAUAUACCGGCUGCAAGAUUUGCACAGCAGGCACAACUUGCCAGUAUAGCAACGAUUACUACUCGCAAUGCCUAUAGAGCCGAUUUGGUCGUAUAGAAGGCUGUCUUCAGUUACCAGUGUGCGCUCCGAUACAGUGAACGUCUGUGUUAGCGUGGUUAUGUAAAUAAUCUUGAGAGGAUUUUUCCUCGAACAUAAAAUUAGACACUUGAAUGUCAAAAAACAAAAGACUUUGAACUACCUACAAGAAAGAAGAGCACUGCAGUAUCCCGAUGUCUCGCUUCAUAAGUCACAUAUGCUCGUAUAGCAAAACUAAUCUUAUUGGACCAAUUACGAGCUAGAGAAACGGAUGUAUGCUAUCAUUGAAUAGAAGUUUUGUGUUAAUUAUAGCCACCGCUGGGACUUAUAUAUAUACGUCAAUGUAUAGAAGCUGGC